CCCUUCGUGGGGGUGGGCGGCGGGUGGCUCCCUGCCGGGGAGUUUGUGGUCCCACCGGCUCCAGUGGGACCAGGCUGCCGACCGCCUGGACACCCAGGGGGCGGCGGAGACGGCGAUCCCCACUUUGGGGAUGAUGUGCCCCCGCCAGGGGCUGCCAUGGCGCAGGACCGGCCUUCCCGCCGGCGGGCCGCCUCCCCGAGCGGGCAGCCCGUGUCGGAACGCGCUGUGGGACCGGGCCGGCCCGGAGCGCGGGUGAUUCCUUCCUGUAGAAUAGGAACUGCAGCGCAUCGUUGUCACGCAGCGGCGGAGCCUCUCCCGCGCCCCGCACACGGAGCUGCGGGCUCGGCAUCCCUGCGGCACCUCAGGCGCAGCCCCCGCGCCCGGGGCCCGAGGGAAGGGCAGAGCCGCCGCCGAGCCGCGCCGGAUGGGGCGGUGGCUUCCGCGGGCCACGCAGCCGCGGCCAGGGCGAUGUGGGAGCAGCGGGGCGCGGCGGUGAGGGCGGCGGCGGCGGCCCUGCUGCUCGGGGCCGGCGCUUGCUACUGCCUGUGGCGGCUGGCGGCGGGCGGGAAGCGGGGGCGGCGAGCAGCGGCCGUGCAGGGCCCGCCGGCAGACAGCAGUCCUCCAGUGUCAGCCCAUACCUUGGAUGUGGAUGCUCUACAGAAACUUAUUCAUCUGCUCCAGGCCACAGAUGAUCCAUUAAUUCAAGAGCAAGCUUUAAUCACUCUCAGCAACAGUGCUGCCUUCUCUGUAAAUCAAGAUAUAAUCCGAAAUUUGGAUGGUCUUUCUGUUAUUGGAGGGAUGCUCUCCAACUGCGUGCCCAAAGUUAAAGAAAAAGCACUAAAUGCACUUAAUAAUUUGAGUAUGAAUAUUAAAAAUCAGGAAGAGAUACAGGUAUUUAUUACACAAGUUUGUAGGACUGUUGAGUCAGCUCCCCUGAACUCCGAUGUGCAGCUAGCUGGACUCAGGCUGUUGACAAAUAUGUCUGUUACCAGUGACUACCACCAAAAGAUGAUAAACUCAAUUCCAUGCUUUCUUCAUUUGCUUUCAGAAGGAACUGAAAGGACACAGAUUCAAGUUUUGAAAGUACUUGUGAACUUAUCUGCAAACCCAGCCAUGACAAGACAUCUUCUCAGAGCUGAAGUGCCAUCAUUGGUGUUACUUUUUGACAGCUGUGUAAACAGAGAUGUUCUGGUUCGAGCCCUGGCGUUUGCAGCAAACUUGAAAAAGAACAUGAAUGAUGAAGAAGGCACCACGACGGAGGAACACAGUGAAGACUCAAUUUUCUUCACACUCUGCAGGGACUCUGCCCCAUUUGCUCAGAGACUGGCAUCUUUGCUGCAUCACCCUGACACAGAAGUGAAAGAACAAGUUGUGAGAAUAUUAACACAAUAGUGUUGUUUUUUUAAAACAGACUGACCUGAUGAAAAUAUCUAAUCUUGGCAAUGCUAUGCUAAAAAAGCCUGCAACAAGUAAACAAUACAACAAUGAUGGAG